CGCAGCUUCUCUCGAUCAUUGAUCCAAAUGGCAUCCACCGUUUCCUAGUCGUUGUCGUGUCGAUCCAUUGGUGGUGACGGAGAGGUUGAAAAGCCUGAACCAUUUGAAAGUGGUGCUCUGAAGGAAGGAGACGAAUUCCUUCUUCCUUUGUCUGCACUCCAUCAUUCCUUUCAAUUAUUGUCUUUCCCCCGUUUGAAGUUGUUUAUCCAUCUUUCCCUUUAAUAUUCGUCGUUAACCAGUUAACCUCAAAAUAUUCGGUUGAGCUCUCUCGGACGCCUAAAGAGAACCAGAGUGGCCAUGGAAUGCAUGGGCAUCAGUUCGGAUUGCCUUAGCGUUUCUCAUGCUGGUUUCUAUUGGGAUUAUUCAUCCCUCGACUAUGGAACGGGCAUUGGUUCUAACGACAGCGGUGGUUCUGACGAGGUCAAAAGGGAGAAUGAGAAUAGGAGGCGACGGGAGUGAUCAAGUUACGGGGGAGAGGAAAUCGCUGCCGCUAAUCUGGGUUGCAGCGGCAGGCGGAAAUGAGGAAGAUGGAGAACAAGGAGGUGUUGAUGAUGAAUGGGCGACUGUGCUAUUGCAGAGAUAGAAGGAAAGGUGGGGAAUAAAAAACUCACAGGGUUAGAGAGGAGAACUAAUGGGGGCCGGUUUCUAGCGUCGCGGCUUAUUCGCAUUGCAGCGGGGGCCGAGAGAUAGAGUAGGGCCAUGAGGGGACUGGUUCGGAUAAUGCAGGGAGAGGGAUAGAGAGAGAGAGAGGGAGAGAGAUUGGUGGUGGCUAUGUUCGGACUUGCCGCUGCAACUCGUUAUAGCAACAAUAGUGACGGGCCGAACCGCUGCUGUUGGCUUGAGUUAUAGCGGCGGGCGGAGAUAGGGGAAGGCGAAGGAAGAGAGAGAGAGAAAGGAAAAACGGAGGGAGAGGAGAAGAGAAGAGAAAAUUCAAAUAGUGAGUGAGAGGAGUAGGAGGAGUGAUCGGAGGAAGACCACCGCCGAGUUCUGUGUCGGGAGGAGGAAGAUGAAACGUAACUUCUGCCCUCCCUUUUAGAAGGAUAAUUUGGUCAAAGAAAAUGAUUUUCUUGUUCCCCUCACUGUUUUCGUAAUAUAUUUCAACAUAUACGAAUUUAAUGAAACUUUAUUAUUUUUUUUAAAAAAACCGUUUUUUUGGUAAUAAAGAAAAGUAUAUUAAGACUAAGAGAUCAAAUAACAAGUCUUCCCAACAAGUCCUGUAAAGUAUAUAUAAGAUCGUGGCUUCUUCUCUUUAUUCAGCUAAACAGAAGAAAAGUGCUUCUGGGGUUCACUCGUGGACAACCAUUGUAGUGUUUUGUUUAUUACUCUGACCUCUGAAGAACUGUUGCAGCCCUGAUUCGGAUUUGGGUUUCUAAAUCUGCCUUUCCCUUCUUGUGAUUAUGGCCGGGAAGGUUAUGCAAGCUGUUUGUUAUGAGGCUUAUGGUGGUGGAUCAGCUGGUUUGAAGCAUGUGGAAGCUCCAGUUCCAACACCAAAGAAUGGUGAAGUUUUGCUGAAGCUGGAGGCAACAAGUGUAAAUCCGAUUGAUUGGAAAAUUCAGAAAGGUGUACAACGACCAUUUCGGCCACACAAAUUCCCUCACAUACCAGCUACUGAUGUAGCAGGAGAGGUCGUAGAGGUUGGGUCUGGAAUCAAGGAUUUCAAAGCUGGUGACAAAGUCGUUGCUGUGCUUAGCCAUGGUACCGGAGGUGGUCUUGCUGAGUUUGUUGUGGCGCAAGAGAGCUUGACAGUUAAGAGGCCUCCUGAAGUAUCAGCAGCUGAAGGUGCAGGGUUACCUAUAGCCGGCCUCACUGCACACCAUAUACUUGUCAAUUCUGCUGGGGUCAAACUUGAUGGUAGUGGCAAGCCAACAAACAUUCUGAUUACUGCGGYCUCAGGUGGUGUAGGUCACUAUGCUGUUCAGCUGGCAAAGCUUGGGAACACACAUGUCACAGCAACCUGUGGGGCUCGAAACAUUGAGUUGGUUAAGAGCCUAGGUGCAGAUGAAGUUCUUGAUUAUAAGACCACAAAAGGAGCAGCCUUGAAGAGUCCUUCUGGUCGGAAAUAUGAUGUAGUUCUCCACUGUGCGACUGGUAUUCCUUGGUCAACCUUUGCUCCAAAUUUGAGCGAUAAUGCCAAAGUUAUAGAUAUCACUCCUGGCCUUAGUUCCUUGCUGACCUGUGCAUUGAAGAAGUUGACCUUCUCUAAGAAGAAGUACGUGCUAACAUUUGUAACCCCCAAGAAAGACAAUCUGGAGUUUUUGGUUAAUUUGGUGAAGGAAGGGAAACUAAAGACAGUAGUUGACUCGACACAUCCACUGAGCAAGGCUGAAGAUGCUUGGGCUAAGAGCAUAGAAGGUCAUGCUACUGGAAAAAUAAUCGUGGAGCCAUAAAUUAGGGGAUAAAUUAGCCCCAUGGGGGUAUGGUGGAUAAGAAUUUCUUUAAUAUCACUAUACAUGGGAUUUGCAGAAGAUAUAUUCAUACUAAAAUUACUAAAUAUCUUGUGUGUAAUUCAUGUGUUAAAAUUCCUGUGCAUCUUUAUUGUAAUCUGGAAACCAUGGUGUCUAUUUUAUUUCACGGUUCUAUUCUUAGAACCUGUAUCAUUUUAUUGUGUGCAAAUAUUUGACUCGAAGAGAACCUAUGUACAGUCUUCUAAUAUGGUUGUGUUUAGGGAACGUAAAGUUGUUUUUGUUAUAUGAUAAUGGCAGUGUUAUAUCUCA